GUAUCGUGAGAUCUACACGCGGGGUCAAAGUUAACACAUCCCUGUAGAGACCAUGUGUAUCCACCACUGUGUACAACGCGUUAUUCGUAAAUAUUUAUAAAUACGGUCCCUAGACUUGAAGUGUAAAGACGGACUUUACGUGUUCGGUAAAUUAAUCCUGAGUGAAUCUCCUUUGCUGCUACGCUCGCUUCAUCUGAAACUCCAGCUCUCAUCGUGUGGCAGCAGGUUUCCUGAGGAUGGCUUGACAACGUGACAUGUUUACAGUCCGACCCGCGGUCAGUGCCUUAGUUAAACACUCACAGACGAUACAGACAAGAGGUGGCUUUUAUAAUCUCUGCUGCACGAUGACUCAAUCACCAAAAGACGAAAACACAGCCAAGCUGCUGAAAAGAGGCAACGAGGAAAAUGGAGACUCGUCUGAGAGGCUACAGGCUGCAAAGAGAUUGAAAACAGAGGGGGAGCAGGCGGACGAUGAGAAGAAAUAUCCUAAAAAGAAGGUGGUGCUUCUCUUGGCCUACUCUGGAAAGGGCUACUAUGGCAUGCAGAGGAAUCCUGGAACUGCUGAGUUCAAGACCAUCGAGGGCGAUCUGGUCACUGCUCUUGUUAAAUCCGGCUGCAUUCCUGAAAACCACGGUGAUGACAUGAAGAAGAUGUCUUUCCAAAGAUGUGCCAGAACAGACAAGGGUGUGUCUGCUGCCGGCCAAGUUGUGUCGCUAAAGCUGCGGCUGAUGGACGACGUCAUGGAGAAAAUCAACGAGAAUCUGGCAAAGCAGAUCAGAGUUCUAGGUCUUAAACGGGUGACCCAGGGUUUCAAUUCCAAAAACAACUGUGACGGUCGUACUUACUCCUACAUGCUUCCAACUGUGGCCUUUGCCCCGAAAGACACUGACACAGGGAACACAGCAGCCUUUCGCCUGGACCCAGCGAUAAUUCAGACGGUGAACCGUCUGUUUGCUCUGUACAAAGGCACCCACAACUUCCACAACUUCACCUCCCAGAAGGCUCCCAGCGACCCCAGCGCUCGCCGCUACAUCACAGAGAUGACCUGCGGGGAGCCGUUCAUCCGCAGCGGCUCGGAGUUCGCAGAGAUCACUGUGCGAGGCCAGAGCUUUAUGAUGCACCAAAUCCGCAAGAUGAUCGGCCUGGUGAUAGCGAUAGUAAAGGGCUACGCGGAUGAGGAGGUGAUAGAGCGGAGCUGGGGACAGAAGAAGGUGGAUGUGCCCAAAGCUCCAGGACUGGGGCUGGUGCUAGAGAAGGUUCACUUUGACCGCUACAACAAACGCUUCGGAGGGGACGGGCUGCAUGAGUGCUUAGAAUGGGACCGCGAGGAGGAGCUGAUCAAGGCUUUUAAGGAGGCUCACAUCUACCCCACCAUUGUUGAGACGGAGGGUCAGGAGGGCUCCAUGGUCAGCUGGAUGGCCACACUUCCUAUCCACGACUUUGAAGGGACGGCUAGUGGAGCUCAAGAUGCUAAGGACCAGAAACAGGACAAUGCAGAUGAAGGAAACGACACAGAUUAGGUCACGCCUGCUGAGAGAAUCAUGGAAAUAUAAUUUUUUCGUUUGCUGAGCUUUAGCUUUAUUUUGGUCGAAAUGUCCAUCUUCCAAGACUGAUGUUUUUUUAGUGGGUUUAAAUCUAUCUUUUACAAAUGUUAUUAAACAUAUAAAAACCUGAUAA